AGAGCGCGAUAUCUGCCCAACUAUAAAGAGGACCCGAGCCUCGCAUUGAGCUCAAAAAGCUAAAGCUAAAGCUAAAGAAGCUUGACAGAGGCGAACGAAGGGAGAGAGCUCGAAGGAGAUGUCCGGACGCGGGAAGGGAGGCAAGGGUUUGGGUAAGGGCGGUGCGAAGCGUCACCGGAAGGUCCUUCGCGACAACAUCCAGGGCAUUACGAAGCCCGCGAUCCGGCGCCUGGCGAGGCGUGGCGGUGUGAAGCGCAUCAGCGGUCUCAUCUACGAGGAGACGAGAGGCGUGCUCAAGAUCUUCCUGGAGAACGUCAUCCGCGACGCCGUCACGUACACGGAGCACGCCCGCAGGAAGACCGUCACCGCCAUGGACGUCGUCUACGCCCUCAAGCGUCAGGGCCGCACCCUCUACGGCUUCGGCGGCUAGAGCUUAGGGUUUCGGGCAUGGCCUUAAGGUUUCAUUGCAAAUUUUCCGCCUCAAUGCUAAAGAUACUCAAAUAGAUUUAGUUUUAUAUGAAUAAUUUUGGGUGUCAUGGGAUCUUUUGUUUGGUAAAUUGUUGCCGGAGAACCUAUGAAUUUGAUUUUAUAAUGUCGAUAUGCGUGCAUUGGUAGAUGGCAUUAUAUUUUAA